UCAGCACCACAGCUGACUUCCGGUAGCCACGUAGACCUCCAUUUUCCCCGGACCGGUUUUUGCAGUGAUAGUGCAUGCUUCAUUUUGUGCGGAGAAACAUGAGGGUGCUUCUAGGAGUCAGUGCCAUCGUGGCCUGUGUCGUCUUCUUACUGCUGCCAAACCAUGAAACUGAAGCGGCUAAGGGUCCCAAAGUGACGGACAAGGUUUGGUUUGAUAUCACCAUCGGAGAUGAGGCUAUCGGGCGGAUCGAGAUCGGAUUGUUUGGCAAGACUGUGCCCAAAACAGUCAAGAACUUCAUUGACUUGGCCAAGGAAGAAAAACCAAAUGGCUACAAGGGCAGUAUUUUCCACCGUGUCAUCAAAGACUUCAUGAUCCAGGGUGGUGACUUCACUCGUGGGGAUGGCACCGGAGGUGCUAUCCCAGAGGGAUUCGAAGGGCCUCCCACCUGGAAACAAAUAGAACAACUUAAAGCCAACGAAGAAAAGAUUCGCAAAGAAGGAAGACAAAGGAAUCCUAUGGCAUUUGGAAUAGCUGGCACAGGCCGAAAAAUCAUGAACGUUAAUCCUCUGUUUGUUCUGUUUCACGUGAUGUAUUCAGUAGUAGAGGCCUUGUGGCCGAGUGAAGGCAAGAGCAUCUAUGGUGACCGUUUUGAGGAUGAGAACUUCAAACUGCAGCACUACGGCCCAGGCUGGCUGAGCAUGGCAAAUGCUGGCAAGAACACAAACGGCUCCCAGUUCUUCAUUACCACAACAAAGACAGAAUGGUUGAACGGCAAGCAUGUUGUCUUUGGGAAAGUGGUGAAAGGCAUGAAUGUUGUGAGGAAGAUCGAGGAUACCAAGAAAGAUGGCAGAGAUAGGCCAAACAAAGAGGUGAAAAUUGCUGAUGCUGGACACGAGAAAGUCAAAGAACCGUUUGCUGUUGAAAAAGAGGGUGUAGGGAAUGAUGUUUAGUCUUAAGUACGAGAGUAGUAUGUAUUGGGGAUGUAGAAAUCAUCGUCGUUAUAAACCCACCAUUGUAAGAAUACUUCUGUCAGGUGAAAAAUACUAGUAACUUGGGAAGAUGUUUUUGAAACCUGUCCUUUAUAACAAUGCACCACCCCCUUACCAAACAUCUAGAGGUCUCAGCUGUAUAACAUAUUGCAUACUGACUUUCACCUGAAUUGUGUAUGUACUUACACUUGUCAUUGCUCUGAUAAUCUGGUUAUGUCAUCAUUAACAACAACUGGACCACCUCUAUAUUGAUGUUAUGUAGGAUGUUCCUGAGAGAGUACUGCAAAUUAUUAUACAAAGCAGAAAGGCCUUUUUUGUUUUGUAAAAAAUACAUUGAGAUUAAACCUGUAUCAAUCAGAGUGAAUUGUUUAUAAGUAUUCAGGUUCUUUGUUGUCCUCCUUGAGUCUCCUAUGGGCAGCUCCUCUGAACUUAAUAUUUUGUAUGCCUGAGAAUGAUUAUAGCAAUUGUUGACAUACAAAUGUGCCUUUUUUGACUAGGACAAAGAUUUCUGAUUAAUAAAACAGUCAUCAUUCCAUGGAAACUUAUAGCACAUCCAUGUUCAUUUAUGAAGAGCUGUUAGCACUCUGAGCUUCGAGCUGAGUACAAAUUUAAAAACAAGUAGCAAUAGAAAGAAGUACAUUCCAUUUUGAAGUCUUAUUUCAAUGUCAUUCUUCAUUAUUGAAGAAACUUGUAAGAAAUGCUAGUGCAUAUUGCAAUAAAUAUAUGAUGUGAGUCACAGCUCAGU